AUGACAGCCAAGUUGGACGAUGCACAGCUCGCCGCAACGGCCGAGGAGCUCGAGAUGACGAAGAAACAAGAUGAAGAGCACGUUGCGUUUAAGCAAAUCAGCCCCGAGGAAGAACGCGCUCUCGUGCGCAAACUCGAUAGAGUUCUGAUGCCUCUCAUGGCUUUCGUCUAUUUCUUCCAAUACCUCGACAAACAAUCCAUCAACUACGCCUCUGUCUUCGGCCUCCGCAAAGACCUCCGCCUCACAGGGCAAGAUUUCUCCUGGGUCAUUUCCCUCUUCUACUUCGGCCAGCUCUGCUCCGAGUACCCCGCCGCCUACCUCAUGUCCCGGCUGCCCAUCACCCUAUUCGUCGGGGUAACAAUCAUCAUCUGGGGCGGCGUCGAAAUGACGCUCGGCGCAACCCGCGACUUCCACACCCUCGCCGCCGCGCGCUUCUUCCUCGGGUUCGCGGAGGGCGCCGUCUCCCCGGCCUUCAUCAUCAUCACGUCCAACUGGUACCGCCGCCGCGAGCACCCGAUCCGCGUGGCGACGUGGGUGUCCAUGUCGGGCGUGAGCCAGAUCCUCGGCGCGCUGAUGAUGUACGGCAUCGGCGGCGCGAAGGAGAUGGUUAUUGAGAAGUGGCGGGCGAUGUUUUUGCUUAGUGGAGGGCUGACGGCGGCGUGUGGUGUGGUGUUUUGCGUGAUGAUGCCGAGGGAUACGACGACAGCGUGGUUUUUGAAUGAGAGGGAGAGGAAGGUGGCGACGUUGCGGUUGGCGGUGGAUCGUGGGACGAGGGAUCGGGCGGAGUUUAAUUCGAAACAGAUGACGGAGGCGCUGAAGCAACCGAUGGUGUGGAUGUAUUUUAUGAUGGCGCUUUGCAUCACGUUGACGACGCCGAUCUUGAAGUUCUCAUCGCUUGUCGUCAACGGAUUUGGAUACUCGCCCUUCCAGACCAUGCUGGUUGGCCUCCCUGGCGGUGCCAUCAGCUUCGUCACGAUCUGGGUGGCCGCUCUUGUGCCAAGGUUCUUUCCCGGCACCCGAGUCUACACCUCGAUGGGUCUGUGUCUGGUCCCUUUGCUAGGUUCUACGAUGCUGCUCGCGCUUCCGGCGAAAGGCUACGAAUGGGGCAUCGUGGCGAGCACUUGGCUCGCCGCCUGCUGCAGCUCGCUCCUCAGCUCAUCGGCGGCUAUGAUGGCGUCGAACGUCAAGGGCAACACCAAGAAGAGCGUGGUUAGUGCGGGCUUCUUCAUCGUGUACUGCAUCGGAUGCAUCGUCUCCCCGCAGGCGUGGACCGAGUCCGACGCGCCAAGGUACACCAAGGGCUGUAUCCUCAGUAUCGCCAGCUGGGUCGCGUUAAUCGUGACGUAUGCGGUGUACGGGUUCGCGAUCAAGAAGGAGAAUGCCAAGAGAGAUAGACUUGCGGGUGAGGGCCGUUAUGAGUACAUGGUUGGCGGACAUGAUGGAGGCGAACAGGCGGUGCAGAUGGGCGUCGCUGUUGAUUCGGACUUGACAGACGUGCAGGACAAGGCGUUCAGGUACAACCUGUAA